CUUCUGUACUUUUGAAUUGACAAUGAGGCUUCCGACUCGGCAAAUAGUUUACACGACUGCAAGGACCGCCCUUCGCAGCAGGACAUCAGUUUUCAGCUUUAGCCGUGCUGGUGUCUCAACACUUCACGCCAAGAUCAACAGCCCGCCUCCAAGGAUCGUCAAAAGUCAAGGAUGUUGGUUGGAAACAGACCAAGGUCAUCGAAUUCUUGAUGCAUCUUCAGGUGCAGCUGUUGUAUCUAUCGGACACAAUGAAUCGCGAGUCAAGGAUGCCAUUGCUGCUCAACUGGAUCAGGUAGCAUACUGCUACAGCCCAUUCUUCACGACAGAGGCAGCAGAGAAGAUUUCUAGUUUCUUGACUGAGUCUACAAAUGGGGCUAUGUCUAAGGUUUUCAUUGUUAGCUCGGGUACUGAAGCUGUUGAGGCAGCUUUAAAAAUCGCUCGUCAGUACUUUACAGAGUUACCAACACCGCAACCAUCCAGGACGAAGUUUAUUGCACGCAAACAAUCUUAUCAUGGAAAUACUCUUGGAUCUUUGGCAGUAGGAGGCCAUAAAGCUCGACGAGGCGUGUACGAACCCAUUCUUGCAACCAAUGUUUCUCAUGUUUCUCCAUGCUACCCUUAUCGCGAGAUGAAAGCAGACGAGACAGAGCAGCAAUAUGUUCAACGACUAGCCAAAGAGCUAGAUGACGAAUUCCAACGUGUCGGCCCUGAUACUGUUUGUGCGUUCAUCGCUGAAACGGUAUCUGGAACCUCAUUGGGCUGUGCGCCUCCAGUGCCCGGGUACUUUACAGCCAUGAAAGAAGUGUGUGACCGUUACGGUGCUCUUCUGAUCAUGGACGAGGUCAUGUCUGGAAUGGGCAGAACGGGCACGCUGCAUGCUUGGGAGCCGGAGGGUGUAGUGCCAGAUCUACAGACUGUAGCUAAAGGACUGGGAGCUGGCUACAUGCCCGUGGGGGCCUUGCUUGUCGGCGAGAAAGUCGCAGAAACUCUUGCUAACGGAUCAGGAGCUUUCUAUCAUAGUCAAACUUAUCAAGGUCAUCCUGUUGCAUGUGCAGCUGCAUAUGCUGUGCAGACUGUUAUGAAAGAAGAUAAGAUGCUGCAGAAUGCGCAAAAUAUGGGUAAAGUACUGGGCGAUAAGCUUAAAGAGAAGCUCGGAGGUCACAAGAAUGUGGGAGAUGUCCGUGGACGAGGGCUGUAUUGGGGAUUGGAAUUUGUUCGGAAUAAAGAGACAAAGGAGCCUUUUGAUCUGAGCGAACAAGUGGCUGGAAAGCUGCACAAGGCUGGCCUAGGAGCCGACCAUGGCAUUUCACUCAUUCCGAGUACAGGUUGCCUCGAUGGUAUUCGAGGAGACAUGGUGAUCGUCUCACCCCCUUUCACAAUCACGAAGGAGGAGGUCGAUUUGCUAGUUGACAAGGUGGAGAAAGUGGUUACUUCUGUCCUAGGAGCAUAGAUGAUUCCAUUGCAUUACAAAGCUAUUCAUCGACUAAUUACAUUAUAAAAGCCUGCGUCGGCCCACCAAGCAAACUCGUCCAUCGAAUCGAAGACUGUGACGCCCAA